GUCGUGGAGCUCCUCAACCAGGCCGCCCUCAUCAGCAACGACUCCAAGAUCAACGUCCUCAAGCAGGUGCAGGAGCUCAUCAUCAACAAGGACCCCACGCUGCUGGACAACUUCCUGGACGAGAUCAUCGCCUUCCAAGCGGACAAGUCCAGCGAGGUGCGCAAGUUCGUGGUGGGCUUCAUCGAGGAGGCCUGCAAGCGCGACAUCGAGCUGCUCCUCAAGCUCAUCGCCAACCUCAACAUGCUCCUCAAGGACGACAACGUCAACGUGGUGAAGAAGGCCAUCCUCACCAUGACGCAGCUCUACAAGGUGGCCCUGCAGUGGAUGGUGAAGUCCAAGGCCAUCAGCGAGCUGCAGGAGGCCUGUUGGGAGAUGGUGUCGGCCAUGGCGGGGGACAUCCUGCUGCUGCUGGACUCGGACAACGACGGCGUGCGCACGCACGCCAUCAAGUUCGUGGAGGGCCUCAUUGUCACCCUGUCCCCGCGCGUGGCCGACUCGGACGUCCCCAAGCGCCACGAGAACGACAUCAGCCUGGAGCGUGUCCCCAAGGACCACCCCUACAUUAAGUACAGGACACUUGGGGGACACGAGGAUGCCUGGGGGAACAUGGGGACACCUAGGUGA